AUAAGAGUAGAGAAGAGAGAGACAAAGUUCGACCUUGGAUUUCGUGUGACGGUGGUAUAUAUAGAGAUGAAACUUAAUAGAAUCGGAGAGACCUUCAGAGGAUGACCAGGUCUUUUAGUAAUUCCAAGUUACGUUCCGCCGUUGACAUCGCCGUUAGGAUCAUGGCGGCGGUAGUGUGGAACAUGGCGCCGUUUGGCCGCCGGGUGGCGGUGGUGAGCUGGAAGUUUUGCGCGCCGUACCGGGUGGACCUCACCGUCAGGCAGAAGGCCCUGACGAACGGCGACUCCACCGUCAAGGACAUGAAUCGAACUGUGGUGUUCAAGGUGAAGGGCUUCUUUCCGUACCGCCGUGUCCUCCUCGAGUCCCCCGGCAAUUCCCUCGUCUCCAUGCAAAAGAAGAUGAUGAGUGUAAACAGUAGGUGGCGGGUCUAUAGGGGAGAUAGCUCCAACUCAAAAGAUCUAUUAUUCAGCGUCAAGAAGUCCUCACCCAUGCAAUUCAAGACUGAGCUCCAUGUGUUUUUGGCUGCCAACACCAAUGAGAAAGCUUGUGACUUCAAGAUCAAAGGAAGCUAUUUUGCCAGGUCAUGCACCAUAUAUUUUGGAGAGUCUAAAACCAUCAUAGCUCAAAUGAGUCGGCAGGACAAGGUAAGGGUGACUGUCCAUCCAAAUGUGGACUAUGCCUUUGUCGUGGCUCUCAUUGUCAUUUUUGAUGAGAUUAAUAGAGAAUAAAGGCAGAGAUGGCCGAGAUUGAUGUCGUUUUAAAUUUUGUGGAAUUUGUACCGUAAUAAUAAUUGUUUGGACUUUGUGGAGUACUGCACCCCAUCAUAUAUAACUCUGGAAGAAAAUAUUGUAAUCUGAGCUUCCAUAAAUAAAAGUAGC